ACCUCCUCCUCUCCGCCCACUCUCGCCGCGGUCUCCUGGCGGCGGCGGCUUUGUCUCUUGGGCUGGCCCCUGGCGGCUCCCUCCCCGGAACAGCUGCCACCGAGGGAGGAAGCCGCGCGGUCCAGAGCCCUAGUGCUGAAGCCCCCGAGCCCUCGUCAUCCACCACCACCAUGUAAGGGCCAUGAAAAGGGCUCGUCCUGGCGCAGCGCGGACAUGGAGGAGGACUUAUUCCAGCUAAGGCAGCUGCCGGUGGUGAAAUUCCGUCGCACAGGCGAGAGUGCAAGGUCAGAGGACGACACGGCUUCGGGAGAGCAUGAGGUCCAGAUUGAAGGGGUCCGUGCAGGCCUAGAGGCCGUCGAGCUGGAUGAUGGGGCAGCUGUGCCUAAGGAGUUUGCCAAUCCCACUGACGAUACUUUCAUGGUGGAAGAUGCGGUGGAAGCCAUUGGUUUUGGAAAAUUUCAAUGGAAGCUCUCUGUUCUCACCGGCUUGGCUUGGAUGGCUGACGCCAUGGAGAUGAUGAUCCUGAGCAUCCUUGCGCCGCAGCUGCACUGCGAGUGGCGGCUGCCCAGCUGGCAGGUGGCGUUGCUGACCUCGGUGGUCUUUGUCGGCAUGAUGUCCAGUUCUACCCUCUGGGGAAACAUCUCAGACCAGUAUGGCAGGAAAACAGGGCUGAAGAUCAGUGUGCUCUGGACCCUGUACUAUGGCAUCCUCAGUGCUUUCGCGCCCGUGUACAGCUGGAUCCUGGUGCUCCGGGGCCUGGUGGGCUUCGGGAUCGGAGGGGUCCCCCAGUCGGUGACGCUGUAUGCUGAGUUCCUUCCCAUGAAAGCCAGAGCUAAGUGUAUUUUGCUGAUUGAGGUGUUCUGGGCCAUCGGGACAGUGUUCGAGGUUGUCCUGGCUGUGUUUGUGAUGCCCAGCCUGGGCUGGCGUUGGCUGCUCAUCCUCUCGGCUGUCCCACUCCUCCUCUUUGCUGUUCUGUGUUUUUGGCUGCCAGAGAGCGCAAGGUAUGAUGUGCUGUCCGGAAACCAGGAAAAGGCCAUCGCCACCUUAAAGAGGAUAGCCACAGAAAACGGAGCCCCCAUGCCUCUGGGGAAACUCAUCAUCUCCAGACAGGAAGACCGAGGCAAAAUGAGGGACCUCUUCACACCCCAUUUUAGAUGGACAACCUUGCUGCUGUGGUUUAUAUGGUUUUCCAAUGCAUUCUCUUACUAUGGAUUAGUUCUGCUUACCACUGAGCUCUUCCAGGCAGGAGAUGUCUGCAGCAUCUCCAGCCGGAAGAAGGCAGUAGAGGCAAAAUGCAGCCUGGCCUGUGAGUACCUGAGUGAGGAGGAUUACAUGGACCUGCUGUGGACCACCCUGUCUGAGUUCCCAGGUGUUCUUGUGACUCUCUGGAUUAUCGACCGCCUGGGCCGCAAGAAGACCAUGGCCCUGUGCUUCGUCAUCUUCUCCCUCUGCAGCCUCCUGCUGUUUAUCUGUGUUGGAAGAAAUAUGCUCACUCUGUUACUCUUCAUUGCAAGAGCGUUUAUUUCUGGAGGCUUCCAAGCAGCCUAUGUUUACACACCUGAGGUCUACCCCACAGCGACCCGAGCUCUGGGCCUGGGCACCUGCAGCGGCAUGGCAAGGGUGGGCGCGCUCAUCACCCCGUUCAUUGCUCAGGUGAUGCUGGAAUCGUCCGUGUACCUGACGCUGGUGGUUUACAGUGGCUGCUGCCUCCUGGCUGCCCUGGCCUCCUGCUUUUUGCCCAUUGAGACCAAAGGCCGUGGACUGCAGGAGUCCAGCCAUCGGGAGUGGGGCCAGGAGAUGGUCGGCCGAGGGACACACGGCACAGGUGUCGCUAGGUCGAACUCGGGCUCUCAGGAGUAGUGACCGAUGGGGGGCUGAGCUGGUUUUUGAGGCUGUAGAGAGCGGGGAGCUGCUGGAGCCCGGCGGGGGCACCGAUCGUCACUGCCCACAUCAAGAACUCACCCAAGGGUGCCACCUGGACCAAUGAGGUUUUGUGUCUUGACUGUUUUCUCAUAUUUAUCAAGAUCCAUCUGGGGCUGGGGAGGCAUUUGCUCUGGGGGGUUCUCCGUAUAUGUGUGUGUGGGUUUGUUAAUAACCUGUGGAUCUGCAUGGGAAAACUGCCACCUCAGCAGUGCCUGGUGACGCCGGUAGCCAGCUGGACACCAUCCAGAGUCAGCCGGUCCCAGCCUCGGUGAACAACAACCGAAAGGUCUUUGUAGAUACACUCCAGGCCGGGACCCCUGUGAGACCUGCCACUCACCCGCUGGACCUGUUCUUAGGUUUCUCCUGCAAUCCCCGGCCCCAGGCUUUCUUCUUUGAAAUUGCAGGUGACCUGGGUGUGGCCUGAGCAGCUUUUUCUUGGGUCUGAGAAAUGCUCCCAGGGAAGGGGCCCCUCGCUUUGCCUUCCCAGGGCUGAGUAGUGGAGACUCUGGCCAAUGGACAUGCAUUUGAACUUGAGCCGCGUGCCUCCACCUGGCCCCCUCUUGGAGUUGCUGUCCCUGGCUCCAGGGGAUCCAAAUGUGGCCACGAGGACAGCUGGGCUUGCACUAGAUGACAGCCUCAGAAAGCUUUUACCCCCAGGAAUUGGGGAUGGAGGCAAAAGGGAGGUGAGAACCAAGCCCACGACCAAAGCAGGGGCCUCCCCUUUGGAAGCAGCAAAAGUCGCGCCAGGGGGCUUCUUUUCUGGCCCCCUCGUUGGUCAGGCUGAUUGGUGACUCUUGGGGCAAGAAAACAGUUAAGUCAGGUUUCAGUGCUUUGGAGUUUGAGCACGGUGGGUGGCCAAAUGGACCGAGAAACAGAAAGAUGCUCCCCCCAGCCACCUGCUCCUGUGCGGGCCAGGGGACCAGGAAUCCUUCCUCCCUGGAUUCUCUGCCAUCCCUGCUGUCAAGGGGUGGCUUGGUCUUUCCAUAGAGGCAGCUCCUGGGGUUCCAGCAAUGGACCCCACGGCAUGGAUACCGUGGGUAGGGAGGAACGGGCGGGCCCAGAUGUGUGAAACGUGUACAUUUUCAAAGAAAGAGAAGGGAGGUCAACUGGAUUUGGGGGUUGGCCUCCAGAGGAAGGGCUGAUGCUGUGUCUCAGCAGACAACAUCCACCUCCAGGAUUUGGUUUCCACGAGCCUUUUCCCCGCCAUGAAGGCAGGAACUUAGGGAAGGAGAGACGAAGAUGCCAGAUCCCAUCAAAGGCCAGAGAAGACUGACCGUCUGCUUGGAGAUAUCUGCUUGAAGUGAACAUUCCGAGGAAGCCAAAUGUGUACGUUCACCUUUAUUAAAACAUGUUGGUGACGGACGUUGCAAGGGUUGAAGUUUGUUCGUUUGUCACAACGUCCUAGUGAUGGUUCAGCUUAACGGUGUUGCCAACUUUAUCCAUGUAGGGUAAGCUCAAUGCUUUCAUUUGCUUUAAUAUGACAGUCUUUCCAGCAAGGGGGAAAAGGUGCACAGUUGGCGGCCAACUUUGAGUCUGUUGGAAGCAACACUUGCUUCUAAUGGUGUGGAGGUCGCAGUGGGUGACUUCUUCAGGCCCAGGUCCUAGAUCGACUGCAAAUCAUCCCACAUCCCUGAAUAUAUGUACUGCAGCCCUCUAAGCCCAGGCAGUCAGAGGGGGCAGCUUGGCAGAGCUUCCUUUCUCUGACACCCACAUCUCCCUGGACCACGAGUGGCUAAAGCUUUAAUUAUUUCUGGUCUGCUGAGCUCUCCUGGGUAACUAAGAGCCUAUGCUUGUCUUUUUUGCCUUCCAGCUGGCCAGACACUGCCGGAUGAGCAAGUCCACUUGCUUCACCCUCAAAUAACCUGGAGGAUCUGGGGGCUGCGGUGGCGAAGGAGGGCUUGGUGGGCAGAGAUGUUUUCCAGGGGCUGGAGUAAAGAGGCUUGUAGUUGUGGGUUUUCUCUUGUUGAGAAAAUGAAAGGUGAAAACUCUUGGCCUUCUAAAUUGCCUGCCCUUGUAUAAAAUCGAUAUUAUUGAAUGAUACAAGAGCUGCCACAAAAGUUGCCCAAACCUCUGGAAUGCGUGAGACCUUUAGCUGAAGACCUUUGUAUCUAAUUUUGAACUGUCCAGAAGCUCCCCUUUUCAGUACUGGAAAUGUCAUCUGUUUCUCUCAGUGUUAGGAAAGAUUUUAGAAAAUGAUAAAAAGAUGUUCAGUGUAGCCAGGGUUAUAUGGUUUCUUUCUUUCCCUUCAAGUAUGCUCAGGGAUACAUAAAUGGGAUGUGUUGGCAGUGAGAUAAAACAGUAUCUUAGAGAUGGGCUUUGAAAUGAAUAUGGAUGUGCAUUAUUUUUAAAUAAUGUUAAGCAACAGAGAGGCUUGAAGGAUAAGAUCAUUCCUUGGUUAUAGUAAACAUCAAAGGACUGGGAUAACCUUGAGCUGCAAGCAACAGUAAAACCUACCAAUAGUAGUUUAACCCAUUAGAAUAUUAAUUGUUCAUUUGACAACAAGCCCAGAGUCAGAGAGUUCCAGGGAAGGUUCAGCAGCUCAACAAUGUCAUCAAGGACCCAGCUUCUUUUUGCCUUUCCUCUCUACCGUCCUCUGCAUCUUGCCCAUUGACCCUAUGUGUGAAACCUCAUGGUCACAAAAUAGCUGUCAAAGUGCCAGGCAUCAAGUUUUUUUCCAAGAUGUUAGAAUGGGGAAGGAGCAGUCACAGAAGGUUUUCUUUCUAAAGGGCCUGUUGUUUUUGGUUGGAAAGGGAAAUCCCGCAGCAGAUUUACCAUUGCUUUGCAUUGGUCAAACCUGGGUCGCAUGCCCAUCCCAGCAUGAGCCCUCCCCUAGGGCUGGGGAAGGAACGGCCUAUCUCCCACAGGAUCAAGAGAUACCCACAGCCUCUUGAACACAAAAUUGAGAUUCUGGUAGAAGGAAGACAAUAGUGGUGGGAUGGGAGAUAGUGGAGAGAAACCUUGACAGAGUUCUCAUCAAGGCUGUUUUAGUUGCAAGGAAUAGAAAUUGUACUCAGAUUAAUUCAAAUCAAGCAGUACAGCUUUAAUAUAAGACUGGGAACAGUGGUUAAUUUCCUGGGGACUAUAAACGCGGGAAACGGAAGUGUAAGGAACAACAGGAAGAGGGGAAGGUUGUGGCAGAGUAUGGGACAUGGGGGGGUUACUACUCAGCUCCGGUUGAUUUUGUUGUACCAUAGAAUCGCCUGGUUUCCAAGACAAGAAUCUGGAUUCUUAUGUGAAAUCUCCAAAUUUUAGUAUGUUAGAUCAAUUUUUUUUUUAAUUUUAUUAUGUUGGAUUGUUUAAAUUUUUAAAUGUGUGGCUCCAAUAAAAUUCAUCUGUAGGCCAGAUUUGGUUGAUGGGCGACCAGUCUGCGGCCUCUGAAAGGUUAGAAAGAUCGCUGAAAUAAAUGGAACGGGGACCUGGAGAGCCACCAGGGCCUGAGGCAGCCCUCUCUCUGGGUCCGUGGCCCUGGUUUCUGUCCCUCUCCGCAGACUGGCUUCCUACUGACCCCUCAUGGCUGCUGCAUAUGCCUGCCUGACUAUGCAUAUAGCUCGGGCUCACCAGGGCUCGGCUCUGCAAACACAUCUGACUCAGCUGUUCAGUGUCCCGCUUCUAAAGUCUCGGGAGGGAAAGCUGAUUGGCCCAGUUCAGUGUUGGUUCCAAUCCUGGUCCAAUCAGUUGGGUCAGGGAGAGGUGGGAUCAAGAGGCACGAACAUGGCAGCUUUGGCCAUGACAACUAGUGGUGGCACAGACAAUUAAUGGUAUGCCUAGAACCCACAGCAGCACAUAGGUAAACUUUGGAGUCUGUUCAUUAUAACUGUAUUUUGGGUCAUGGCAUGGCAUGUGGUCAGUAUACACGGAGUAUCCACCAUGUAUCGGCACGAUAUUUAACACAGAGGUUGCGAAAAAGAAUUGAGACAUGGUCCUUAUCUUCAUGUGCUCACAGCGUAGUGGGGAGAGCGUAGAUGGGUGGGACACAGAUUGAUAUGGGCGCUAAUGGAGGGAUGCAGAGUAUUGUGGGAGGCACACAGGAUGCCAAUCCCAAAGCUCUAGAACAUCCUGAAGCACCUUCCAGCUCUUCAAAGAUUCGGUGAUUACAGCCGGAUUUAGUCACCAUUGGUACUUUACUAUAUUCUGAUUCCUUGACAUUGGAACAUCUGGAUACAUCACGUAUAAUCAUUCUAAAUUAAUCAAGAGUAUUUUGAUGAUGAACCACUUCAAGUACCCCUACCCCCACCAUGCCAGAGAACAGAGCGCUUCCCAGAUUCAUCAGUAAGAACACAGUUCCACCCGCAAUAGCAUCAAAAAGGAUAAAACGCUUAGGAAUGAAUUUAACAAAAGGAGUGCAAGACUUUUGCAAACUACAAAACAUUACUGAAAGAAAUCAGAGAUCUGAAUACAUGGAGAGACAUUCCAUGACCAUGGAUCAGAAGACUUAAAAUUGUUAAGGUGUCAAUCAGUACUCCCAAAAUUAACCUUAUGAAUUCAACACAUCCCUGUCGAAUUCCCAGCUGGCUUUUUGGGGCAGAAAUCGGCAAGCUGAUCGUAAAAUGCAUAUGGAACUAAAAGGACCCAGAGUAGCCAAAAAAUAUCUUGAAAAAGAAGACUAAAGUUGGAGGACUCACACUUCCUGAUUUUAAAACUUAACUACAAAGCUACAAGUAACCAAGACAGUGUGGUCCUUGUACAGCAGAAACUAACACAACAUUGUAAAGUAAUUAUACUCUAAUAAAGAUGUAUUAAAAAUAAAAAAAGACAGUGUGGUUCUGGCAUAAGGGUAGAUAUACAGAUGAAUAGAAUAGAAAUGAGAGUCUAAAAAUAAACCCAUACAUUUAUGGUCAAUUGAUUUUUCACCAAAGUUCCAAAACAAUUCAAUGAGAAAAGAUAAACUUUUAUAAACUCAGCAAGCGGCCGAGCAUUCAUUGUAAAUAUGGUUGUAGAUCACCACUGGGGAAGGAGCAGGAAUGUUAAGUGAAGAAGAAUGAAGACAUCAAGGCAAAUGUCCUACAGCGCCAUGUGGAUUGCAGACUUUCCCCAUGCACCUUCUAUUCUGAAUUUUGGAAUGGAAUCAAGAGGAAACCACACUGCAAAGAGGUCUUUACCAUUUACAAAAAGGAGGGUCACUUUGGGUCUGAAUAGAGACUUUCCUGGCCAUGUUUUUUUUUUUUUUUGCGAUAGAUGGGCCUCUCCCGUUGCAGAGCACAGGCUCCGGACGCACAGGCUCUGCGGCCAUGGCU